AUGUUUUUACGUACACAAACUCGUCUAUUCCAUGCCACUGCAAAAAAGAUGGACUUCUCCAAGAUGUCCAUCGUAGGUCGUAUCGGCUCUGAAUUCACUGAAUACACCUCUCAAAACGACAAGAGAUACCUUAAAUACAGUAUUGCCUCUCAACCAAGAAGAGACGGUCCAACCAAUUGGUAUAACGUUACCGUCUUUAAUGAGCAACAAAUGAACUUCUUGACUCAAUAUGUCAGAAAGGGAGCUCUAGUCUACGUUGAAGCUGAUGCAGCCAAUUACACCUUUGAAAGGGAAGACAAGUCCAAGGGUACUAGUUUGAGUUUGGUGCAAAGAGAUUUCAACUUGUUGAGAAAUGGUAAGCCAGAAGAGCCCGCUACUACUGAGGAAUCGGAGUAA